UCCCCUUCCCGUCGUUCGCUGACAGGCAGGCAGGUCGCCGGCGGGGCGGGGGGUGCAGCACUCUCCCUUCCCUCCCCUUCCCUUCCUAUAGAGGAAGCGGAGGCGCGCGGAGAGAGGGGGUCGUCGCGUGGUGUGGGUGCGGUGCGGUGCGUGCAGCCGCCGGUGGUGUGAUGCGGGUGGGGUUCUGAUUCGGAUGGUGCAGCGCCGCCGCGGGGAUCGCCCACGGCCAUGAUCGACGAUCACGAGCGUGCAGAGGAAAUGCAAGUUAAUAAUGAGGCACCUCCAGGGUGCCUGAAGCCAAUUUCUCAGUAUAACCCACAGGAGCAGAGAAUCAAUGGGUUUUCUGAGAAUAGUGAAAAAAAGAAUGAUAGUAUUGCAAGAGAAAAAGUCUUGGAGGCAUCUCCCCUUCCAAAUCAAGGCUUUAUCAGACCCUUUCAUCGACCAGACUAUUAUGCUGGUCCAUUUAUUUAUGCUGAUUACCAAAUACAGCGACAGCCACAGCCUUACAACUUUGACAAUCAGUUUUAUCAAAUAAACAGGGACCGCAUUUUUCCUUUCGAGAAUAAGGUUCAAUAUCUUCCAUUCAAUAUGCUCCCUCAAGGUUACCCUCCUGAUGCACAACUUCAGGAAUUUCAAUAUUUUGUGGUUAUUGACUUUGAAGCAACCUGUGACAAGGAGAACAAUCCACAUCCACAAGAAAUCAUUGAGUUUCCAUCUGUCUUGGUUAACAGUGCAACUGGACAACUAGAAGCUUCCUUCCAAACGUAUGUUCGGCCGGCAUAUCAUCAACUUUUGACUGACUUUUGCAAGGAGCUUACUGGCAUUCAACAGAUUCAGGUAGACAGAGGUGUGCCUUUAAGUGAAGCAUUGCUCAUGCAUGAUAAGUGGCUGGAGGAGAAAGGGAUUAAGCACAAGAAUUUUGCUGUUGUGACAUGGUCUAACUGGGAUUGCCGUGUAAUGUUGGAAUCUGAGUGCAGAUUAAAGAGAAUCAGGAAGCCCCCUUACUUUAACAGGUGGAUAAACUUGAAGGUUCCUUUCCAGGAAGUGUUUGGAGGUACCCGGUGCAACUUAAAAGACGCAGUUCAGUUGGCAGGCCUUACAUGGGAGGGCCGUGCUCACUGUGGACUUGAUGAUGCUCGCAAUACUGCUCGCCUCCUUGCACUGCUGAUGCACCGGGGCUUCAAGUUUUCGAUCACCAACUCGCUUGUGUGGCAAUCUGCCCCACAGUCAAUAGCGUGCCAGCCGUCACCUGCCCAUUCCCCAUAUUCCAACCAAUCAUCACAGCAUAAGACAAUGGAAGUGCUGGGAUCCCCGGUGCAGGUUAACCCGUAUGCCGCUGUCGCUGUGAAGAAGCCGAUGUACUGCCACUGCGGAGUGCUGUGCCAGAUCAAAGUUACCUACAAACCUGGGCCAAACCACGGGCAGUAUUUCUAUGGAUGCGGGAACUGGACGUACCCAAGAGGGUCGAUCUGCGGGUUCUUCGCGUGGGUGUUAUGAAAGAAUGAAACCCUGCCGGCCGCCAUGUGAAAUCCCAAGGAGGGCAAAGACCUGGAGCUUUAACUAGGGAGGCUAUUUAGCUGCCCUCAUCGUAUAUAUGAUGAUGAUAUAACUUUGCUCAUAAGACUAUGGAAGUUUGGCUAGGUAGUGUCUAACCUGUCAAAACUGACUUCUGUUGAUAGAAGAGAAUGGGGAUCAGAUGCUGCUUAGGGUGCUUUAUCCUUGAAUAAUCUUAAGUUUGUGGACGCUUGUUUUUUUAACUUAAAAGAUGGAACUAUCGUAGGUGUGGUUUGUGCAACAAGGUAUCUAAAGUUUGGCUUGCAGGUUUUUUUUUUGGUCA